AUGCGGCCCCUCGGUGCGCUUCUCGCGCUCCCACUGGCGCUGCUGCCCUCGCUCGCACUGGCGGCAGAUCUCCAAAUCGAAGUCACACGACCAGUGGAAUGCACGCGCAAAACAAAAAAUGGAGACAAGGUUUCCAUGAUGUACAAGGGCACGCUGGUCGACGGCACCAAGUUCGACUCGAGCUAUGAUUCUGGGAGACCGUUUAGGUUUACUAUUGGAAGGGGCCAGGUGAUCAAGGGCUGGGAUCAGGGGCUGCUGGAUAUGUGUAUUGGAGAGGGCAGGAAGUUGACGAUACCGCCGGAGCUGGCAUAUGGGAACCAUGCCAUCGAUGUCAUUCCAGCCGGAUCGACACUCGUGUUCGAGACCGAGCUUAUGGGCAUCGAUGGCGUCGAGGCAGAACCUGUGAAGACAGAGCAACCUGCUAAGCCCACCGAUCCUGCACCAGCGACCACCAGUGCUGCGGUUACAGACGACGACGCGAACGCGAACAACGAAGAAGCUGCGCCCGAGAACGUACACAAGCCCACGUCUGCUGCGCCAGACACGAAGCCUCUGGCGACGGGAGAACCUGAAAAACAGGCUGCUGCACAAGGCAACCCCAUGGACGGCGAAUCUGGAAAUGGCGAGUGCAAUCUCCUUGGAGACUUUGCCUUGCUGGUACAAGCAGCUCUAGGACUUCUUGCUGUCUCGUCGCUCGCCGUCAAGCGAAUGCGCGAACAUCCUCGCCGACCGCUUAAGAUUUGGUUCUUCGAUGUUUCCAAGCAGGUUUUUGGCUCAGUACUCCUUCAUCUCGCAAACAUUCUCAUGUCCAUGCUUUCCUCUGGCAAAUUCGACGUAGCCACCGUCUCACCAGCCACUACUACGCAUCUAGUCAGCAAAGACAGCGAGGGUGACCAGCCAAACCCAUGUUCCUUCUAUCUCUUGAACCUCGCCAUUGACACUACAAUCGGCAUCCCCAUCCUCGUCCUUCUCCUCCGCCUCCUCCACCGCGCCUUCUCCAUGACCCCGCUCGCCAACCCCCCGGAAUCCAUCCGCUCAGGAAACUACGGCCACCCGCCGCGCGCCACCUGGUGGCUCAAACAAUCCAUCAUCUACUUCCUAGGCCUCAUUGGCAUGAAACUCUGCGUCCUCGUCCUCUUCGCCCUCCUCCCCUGGAUUGCGUGGAUCGGCGACUGGGCCCUCCGCUGGACCGAAGGCAACACAGCCCUGCAAAUCGCCUUUGUCAUGUUCGUCUUCCCCCUCAUCAUGAACGCCCUGCAGUACUGGAUCAUCGAUAAUUUCAUCAAGGAUCCCGAAGCGUCUGCCGGCGAGGAUGCGCGGUAUGGCGUUGUGCGUGAGGAGGAAGAGAGCGAUAGCGAAGAGGAAGGUGAGGAUUGGGAGAGGCAGCGUAGGAGGGAGGUCGGCAUUGAUGAGGUGGAGAGUGCUGAUGAGGAGGCUAAGGAGGCACGGGUUAGGGCUGCGAGGGUGAGGGGUGAGGAGUAUGAUCCGGAGAUUCAUGGGGCCAGUGGUAGUGCCAAGACGAGGACGGAUUGA